AUGAGGGUUUACUUUAGCAGUCUGCUAACCGUGAUUGUAAGCUUCAUUUGUUCAGCAAAUGCUGAAAUAAACGGCUCACAAUAUGAGGCCAAUAGACGUUUAAUACUGGUCAUCUUUCAUAAUUCCUCUGUUAAUAACCCAACUAGGGAAGAACACCUUUCGGAGCUGGUCGCCUUUUAUCGUCGCUACCCCAAUGAUGUUCCUGUAACCAAUGCCGAUAAGCAACAAUUUGAGAGGUUCAUCAGAGAAUACGAUAAGUACCGCAAAGUUUUGAUCUAUGGAGUACCGCCACAGGGCGGAGUAAUUGGAUCUAUAUUUGUAAAUUUUUUAGGCAGAGUCGGGUUUCGAUAUGUUGGAUCUUUGUUUAAUAAAAAGAAGGAAAAUGAGAAAAGACGUGGCACCAAUUCAACCGAACUACCAUUUCGGUUUCAAAACAUUAAUGAAAAUGGUAGCCAACUGCGAACACUAAACAAAGAAAAACAUUCUAAAGAUUAA